CAGAACCAGGGUGGGGGCUCGAAGGGGUGGUGGCGGCUGCUCCGCUUCCAGCUGGGCGUCUGGGCGCGGGGCCAGGACGGGCGGAGAGCGGCGGCGGCGCAGGGCGGCGGAUCGCGCGUAGGGCGGUGGCCUGGACCGGCCGAGCCAUGGCGGCCCCGGAGCUGGUGCCGAGGCGGGGCCGGGAGCGGGAGCGGGAGGACGAGAGUGAGGACGAGAGCGAUAUUCUGGAAGAGAGCCCGUGCGGCCGCUGGCAGAAGCGGCGGGAGCAGGUGAAUCAGGGAAACAUGCCAGGGGUCCAGAGCACGUUCCUGGCCAUGGACACUGAGGAGGGGGUGGAGGUGGUGUGGAACGAGUUGCACUUCGCUGACAGGAAGGCCUUCUUGGUCCACGAGGAGAAGAUCCAGACCGUGUUUGAGCAGCUGGCGCUGGUAGACCACCCCAAUAUCGUCAAGCUGCACAAGUACUGGCUGGAUGCCUCAGAGUCCCGAGCGCGGGUCAUCUUCAUCACAGAGUACGUGUCGUCAGGCAGCCUCAAGCAAUUCCUCAAAAAGACCAAGAAGAACCACAAGGCCAUGAAUGCCAGGGCCUGGAAGCGCUGGUGCACACAGAUCCUGUCUGCACUCAGCUUCCUGCACGCCUGCAGCCCCCCCAUCAUCCACGGGAACCUGACCAGCGACACCAUCUUCAUCCAGCACAACGGCCUCAUCAAGAUUGGCUCCGUGUGGCACCGGAUCUUCUCCAACGCACUCCCCGAUGAUCUUCGAAGUCCCAUCCGUGUUGAGCGGGAGGAACCUCGGAACCUGCACUUCUUCCCGCCAGAGUAUGGAGAGGUUGCUGAUGGCACUGCUGUGGACAUCUUCUCCUUUGGGAUGUGUGCACUAGAGAUGGCUGUCCUGGAGAUCCAAGCCAAUGGGGACACCCGGGUCACAGAGGAGGCCAUCACUCGUGCCAGGCACUCGCUGAGUGACCCCAACAUGCGGGAGUUCAUCCUCUCCUGCCUGGCCCGGGACCCUGCCCGCCGGCCCUCUGCCCACAGCCUCCUCUUCCACCGCGUGCUGUUCGAGGUGCACUCACUGAAGCUUUUGGCUGCCCACUGCUUCAUCCAGCACCAGUACCUCAUGCCUGAGAAUGUGGUGGAGGAAAAGACCAAGGCGAUGGACCCACACGCGGUCCUGGCGGAGAUUCCUCGCCUCCCCCGGCCCCCGCUACAGUGGCGGUACUCAGAAGUCUCCUGCUUAGAGCUCGACAAGUUCCUGGAGGACGUCAGGAAUGGGAUCUACCCGCUGAUGAACUUCACUGCUGCCCGGCCCCUGGGGCUGCCUCGUGUGCUGGCCCCGCCCCCCGAGGAAGCCCCGAAGGCCAAGACCCCAACACCAGAGCCUUUUGACUCAGAGACCAGAAAGGUGAUCCAGAUGCAGUGUAACCUGGAGAGGAGCGAGGACCAGGCGCGCUGGCACCUCACUCUGCUCCUGGUGCUGGAGGACCGGCUGCAUCGGCAGCUCACCUAUGACCUGCUCCCAACCGACAGUGCCCAAGACCUGGCCGCUGAGCUGGUGCACUAUGGCUUCGUCCACGAGGAUGAUCGGCUGAAGCUGGCUGCCUUCCUGGACAGCACCUUCCUCAAGUACCGUGGAGCUCAGCCGUGACCUUGAUCCGCGCACCUCAGGGCCCCAAGCCCCCUGGAAGCCAACCUCCUGGCUCCCUGGGGAAGCUUGGCACUGGCCCCUGCAGUUGGGUGGGGAACCAGGGUCUCUGUCUGCCCUUGUGCCUGCUAGUGAGAACCUCCCCUCGCAUAGCUCCCUGCAGCCCUGGGGUGGGGCUGAGGGUGGCGGGGUCGGGCCCACCGGGGUGGGCUGGGGGGACAGGUUAGCUGGUGCAUGUCCUUAGGAGCAGGAUGCCCCGUGCAGCCAGCUUCCACAAUUUCCUGGCCGUGUGGUCAUGAAGGGGCUGCCCCACAGGGAACCACGCAUAGUGCUGGGGGCUGAGGCGUGGGGGUCAGCCCUGGACAGCUGUGCGCCCAGGGAAACACUCCAUUGCAAGUUGGUGCCACUGACCCACACGAGGAACCACCACCUUAAACUGAUGGUAAAGCACCUGCAGCUGUCGGGCACCACGCUAGGCAAGGGGCGGGGCCAUGACCUGGAAGCUCCUGUGGCUCUUGUCCCCGCCCCCCCAUCCAGGGCAGACCCACUUCCAAGCCCCUCUCUGGCUCCUGCAACCCCCACAAAGGGCUGUUCUCUGUCCGAGUUCCCUGGCCAGAGUGGUCCGUGUGGGAUGCCCUCCCUGCUCCUCCCCAGCUCCCCCCAACUCGUGCUACCUCCCUGGGUCCUGGGGAUAUCAGUGCCCCUUCCAUUUGCGAAUGUAGUUAAUCACUCUUGAACAUUUAAAACCGCAUGUAUAAAUUUAGCACAUUCAGGUUUCUAAGUGUUUGAGAUGUCAAACAAGAAAAGCCUACCACUGUAUUAGUUCUCUGUUGUUGCUGUAGGUCUUUACCACAAACUCAGUGGCUUAAACCAACACAUUAGUUCUGGGGUCAGAAAUCUGGUGCAGAUCCCAUCAGACUAACAUCAAGGUGUUGUCACUCCUUUCUGGAGGUUCUUGGGGAGAAACUAUUUCCUACUCCUUCAGGUUGUUGGCCUGCAGGUGUCAGGAGCACAUGGGGCAUUGGGCAGGAAUUCAGUUCCUUGCAGCGGUGGGCCCAAGGUUCCCAUUCCCAUGACUGCUUAAACUGAAGGCCAUUCUCAGCUUCUGGAGGCUGCCAGAUCCCUUGGCUCAUGGCCUCCUCCUCCAUCUUCAAAGCCAGAAACAUCGCAUUGAAUCUUUCUCCUGAACUGUGUGUCUGGUUUUCUGCAGCCAGGAAAGCUUCAUGUGGUUAGGUUGGGUCCACCUGGAUAAUCCAGGAUAAUCUCCCAUCUCAUGGUCCUUAAUCUUAAUCAUAUGUGCAAAAUACUUUUCACCAAGUAAAGUAAUAUUCCCAGGUUCUGGCGGUUAGGACACGGACAUCUUUGUCAUCCCACCUGCCACAUCACCCCAACCAAAACCCCAAACCAACACCCCUUACCAAGACAUGUCAGAUACAUUCCAUUUUAAAUGUUCCAGUACUCUACAAAAUUAUUCAAGUUCUUACAUCUUUUCAGUUUAAAGUUACGCUUUAAAAUAACUUACACAUCUACUUGGAAAUCCUGAUGCCAAGCUGUCUGAUUCUGCAUCAUCUGAAACAGUUGGGAGUGUCCAAUGCAUAACAGAUUGUGCCAGAGAUUAAAUUGAACUCAAAAGGAUCAGUACUAGCACUGCUUCAUUUAAUGUCUGUUGAGGUUUUCAUUUUAAUUUUUAUCUCUUCAAGGUGACAAACGUAUUAUUUUAAAAAUGGAAUUUUUUAGGCCAAUAAUAAAUAACUAAUAAAUACA